AUGGGUUUCAUCCUACUACUAAACUUUUUUUUUUUUCAUUUUUACCGUUUUCAAAGUCUGCAGCACUGGUCUACAAGCCCGUUAUGCGUAAAAAAUCCUUCGUUUCCCUUGCAGACCGAACUAUCCGGCAUCAAAUGGCGUAAACUAGUAUGGACGGAAACGGACAGGACCGGCGUCGGAGGCGGCGGCAUCCACCACCCCCACCACCACUCCUCUCCGGAGCCGCUCGACGAUCCGGUCCUGCGCAGUUACGCGCGCUGCCUCGCCGCCGACAUCCUCAGCGUGUGGCGGCGCGUGUCGACGACGCGCGCCACCGCCAACGCCGCCGCCGACGUGUUCGACAUGGGACCGCCGCCGCCUGCCCAGCCGCCGCCCCUCAGUUUGGCCGCCUCCAAGGAGCUGUGGAUUUUCUGGUACGGCGAGGAGCCUGAUCUGAACGAGCUGGUGGCGCCCGAGUUGAAUAUGUCUGUCGGCAUCGACCUCGACUCGCCGGAGAGAUGCGACAUUGGGAAAAUGGGAGAGAACGUCGAGAUUGGAAAAAGAGCAGCGCGAAACCGUGGAUCGUGGGCGGCGAAUGGCGGAUUCACGGCCGCCCGCCGCCGCCACAGCUUCGUUUAUUGA